GUUUUGAGCGAGAGAUCAGUUGGACUUUUGCGACGGGGCGACGCGCGUGUCUUCAGUCGUUUCGCUGCGCGUUGAUAAAUAUUUGCCCAACUCACGAUUCCGAUUCCACUCGCCACGCCACGCUAAUCCGACUAACCGAGUGUCCGGCCCAGCAGUCUUUGCCAAUCAGCGCAUGGGAGCAGAGGAUAUCCGGGCAACCCACUGGCCACGUAAUCAAUCAUUUUAUGGACUAAUAGCCGACAACCCACCAGUAAAAUGCACAAGGCCAUUAAAAACAAAUCCAGGUUGCUCUGCGGUCUCAAGAACUCCAAGGCAGAUCUUACAACGGCUAAAUUUAUACUUUACUAUGGACCCACGGUAGCAGAUAGCGAUAUCUAUGACCUAACAGAUUACCAAAGUCUUUUGGAGGACGAGAACUUGGACUUAAGCAAGAAUACCGUGCUCUAUUUGCAUGGUUACCUCGAGGAUCCGGAUGUGGAGAGUAUACAUGUCAUAGCAGAGGCCUAUCUGGAGCGUAAGGAUACUAAUCUUAUCGUCCUGGAUUGGGGAGAACUGGCCGAUGGCAACUAUAUGUUUGAUGCCUUUCCCAACCUCAAACAAUUGGGUCCGGAGUUGGCCAAGGUCCUGCUUAAGAUGUUUGAUCACGGCCUGGACAUUGAGAAGUUUCACAUUGUGGGACACUCGAUGGGCGGCCAAUUGGCGGGACUUCUUGGCCGCGAGAUAUUCAAGCGCACCAAAGGCGUUAGAAAGUUGAAAAGAAUUUCGGCUUUAGAUCCUGCUUUUCCACUGUUCUACCCCGGCUCUCACCUGUCCGCCAAUGAUGCGGAGUUUGUGGAUGUGAUACACACGGAUGCCUGGCUGUACGGAGCUCCAACGAGCACGGGAACAGCGGACUUCUGGCCCAACGGGGGAGGCAGCCUGCAACCGGGAUGUCCCAAGAGGAACUACAAGAUGCUCAGCGACAACGACUUGUCAAGUCACCGGCGAAGUUGGUGGUUCUGGGCAGAGAGUGUUUCGGAUCGGUAUCCCAUCGGGUUCGAUGCGGUGCCCGCAAAGAAAUGGUCAGACUUUAAGCAAAACAAAACUGUGGAGACAUGCCCCCCGGUGGUGAUGGGUCACCAUUGUCCCACGACAAUACAUGGCGAUUUUUACUUACAAACCAACGGACAAACACCUUUUGCUCGAGGCAAAGAGGGCACUGUGUACGUUGACCCAAAGGAGCUGCUGGGAAAUACUCACAGUAACAUCUGUGACUGUCCUCCACAGCACACUAACUAAAUAGACCAUUAACAAUUUCACCCUGUACAUUUUGAAGUGUAGCUAAAUUAAUAUUGCCUCUGUAAUGCUUUACAUCACAUUAAUAAAAAUAUACUUAAAUUUGUUGUUGACUA